GAUUCCUUAGAUUACAAGAAUACUAAAAAACCAACUUUUCCAAAGAAGAAUGGUAAUGUGCACAAGAGCUCACGUACAGCAGUUCCUCUCAGAGUUGCCAGAGAAAAGUGCAAAAAUAUAACUGCCCAAAAAUCAAGUAGCAAUGUUAUUUUAUUACGAGAACGGAUUAUAUCCUUGCAACAACAAAACAAUGCACUUCAGAAUGCCAAAAAAACGGCAGAAUUGUCUGUUAAAGAAUAUAAAGAAGUCAAUGAAAAGCUCCUCCAUCAACAGCAAAUAUCUGAGCAACGCUUUCAGACAAGCAGACAGACAAUAAAGAAAUUAAAUUUGGAUUUGGCUGGUCUUCGAAAAGAAAAAGAAGAUUUACUGAAGAAAUUGGCAUCCUCAUCUGAACUCACAAGUUUGGCAGAAGAAGUUUCCGGGGUAACUGCUCCACAGAUAAGAGUUACAUCAGUGGGUCCUUCAAGAAGCAUGGAUUUAGAAAUGAAGCAAUUGCAGUGUAAACUAAAGAAUGCAACUAAUGAACUCACUAAGCAGGCAUCAAAUAUGAAGUCUCUGAAAUUUGAACUCCUAGCAAAAGAAGAACACAUAAAGGAAAUUCAUGAAAAGAUGUCUCGAAUGGAGAGGGAUAUAGCCAUGAAAAGACAUUUGAUAGAGGAUUUGAAAUUUCGACAGAAAGUAAAUUCAGAAAGUAGUGAGAGUUUUAGUGAAAUAUUAGAAAAUCUUGAAAAAAAGGUAAAGACAUUAACUGAAGAAUGUUCCAAUAAGAAGGUAUCAAUUGAUUCACUAAAGCAAAGACUUAAUGUUGCUGUAAAAGAGAAAUCACAGUAUGAACAGAUGUAUCAGAAAACUAAAGAGGAGUUAGAUAAAAAGGAUCUCAAGCUUACUCUCCUACUAUCAAAAAUAAAUGAGACUGAAUCUGCAAUGUCAGAAAUCGAGAUAGCAGCAUCUAAACAGCUUCAAGAAUUAGCACUGCAAAGUGAGCAGGUCCUAGAAGGUGCACAGAAGAAAUUGCUGUUAGCUAAUGAGAAAGUGGAAGAAUUCAUCAUAUUUGUGAAGGCUUUGGUCAAAGAGUUACAAAAUGAUGUCCAUGUGAUAAGACGAAAAAUCAGAGAACUUAAGAAAAUGCAGACAAACAGGGCUGCUUGUAAAACCUCAACUCAUAAAGCCCAGACCUUGGCAGCUUCUAUCCUGAACAUUUCACGGUCAGACCUUGAGGAGAUACUGGACACAGAAGAUGAAGUAGAAAUUGAAAAGACAAAGCUAGAUGCUGAAAAUGACAAGGAAUGGCUGUUGUACAUUCAGAAACUUCUUGAAGGACAGCUUCCUUUUGCCUCAUAUUUAUUAGAAGCAAUACUGGAGAAAAUAAAUGAAAACAAGAAACUAGUCGAAGGAUAUUUUGCAAUUAUGAAAGAUAGUAGAUGA